AUGAAAGAAUCGCAAGAACAAUUGUUGAAUGCCAAAAAAGAGAUUACCGAGAUAGAGAAUCAAAAACGACAACUUAGCAUCAAGCUCACUACUCAAAGGGAUAAAGAACAGCUUACAUCUCGCGACAAAACUGAAAACAAUAAAAAAAAUAAUGCAUUCACCAAACAGAAUAUCUUCAUUAUGGGGACGCAACAGUGCAUUGGUCUCGCGGCAGAACUCACUAAGUCAAGAAUGAAUAGCAGAUACGAGGACUACCAAGUAACAGCGUUCAUCAAGCCAUUUGCAUCUACGGAAGAAGUCCUAAAGAUAUGUACCAAUUUAAAGGUAGACACAUACGAUAAGUUUACUCGAAAAAUAAAGGGUGACAUCAUCAUCAGAAGAACUGAGAAAAUUCCAAUAGCAAGUAAACUGCCCGUUACCGCGGACUUACGGCACGAUGGCGGCAGUUUGUAA